AUGUCUGCCAUCUACUUUUCCUACUCUGUCGACCAAGAAGACAGCUGCAGCUAUGCCUCUUGCUUUUCUAGCGGCCGAAAGACAGUCAGUCUCAAUGAAGCGUUCUCUGUUUGUGAUCAGCAACUCUGUUCGCGCCAGUCUUCCAUUUCCACAGCAAGCACCAUCACAAGUGCCAAGAAAACGUUCCUUGCUGGGAUGGGAAACGUCCCAGCCGCCUCUACCACUUCUCUGCAAGGACGUGUAGUUGUCACCUCUUCAUCUUCCCGCUCUUCCCGAUCGAAAAGAUCACUACGAACAGCUUCUACUCGAUCAGUGCCUGCUGAAUCCCAAGCUGCUGCUUUCUUCUUCUAA